UGAAAAUCACUUUCAGACCAUGACGAGUAUAAUUAUGAGAUUUGUAAUUAAGUUAUUUGGCCGAUAGAAAAGAGUUAUUUGUGUUUAGUUGCGUUCUUCAAGCAUUAAGCAUAUAUAUUUUACUUAAUACGAAUUAAUAAUUACCGCAGUACCGUAUACUAUAUUGUGAUUACCGUAUAUUGUAAUUAAUAAUUUAGCCUUUCGCAGUUUUAAUUUGCUGAUCAGCACUAUUUUUACCUUUUUUAACGCUUUAUGGCGGCCGGCGAAUGCUUAACUGUUAAAACUAAUUUCUGUUACAUAUGUGUCCACCCUGGAACUAGGAAAUCGGUCGGUCUUGUAAUCGCCACACAUUCCUGUGGUUACCAUGCCUGCCGGUGCAGGACGGGAACGAUGGACUUACUUGACUCAUAACAGCAUUUCGAUGCUGUGUGGAAUCGUAUUCCAAGACAGUCUCAGUGGAUUGAAUGGCCGGUUGCAAGGAACCGUUCAGGAUUGUACUAGCGGCAAAGAUCCAUCUUGUCAAAAUUUCACAGCAUCUCAGUUUAAUGGCAUAUAUGUUAGUGGGUUCUGGAUAGGAGCGGUAAUCAGUGUACUAACUGGAUUCUUCGUAGCAAGAUUCGGAAUUUGGAUGACCAGCUAUCUCACAGCAAUAUUGCUCUUUUUAGGAUCGACAUUAUUUACACUGGGAGCUUACUGCUCGUCUAGCGGGUCCGCCUUUGCCGUCAUGCUUAUUGGCAGACUACUGGGCAGUAUUGGAAUCUAUGGAAAUUUCGUGGUGACCGGUGAAGUCAAGUCACACUGGUUUAGUGGAAAAGAGCUGGCCCUCGCGUUCAGUAUCUUCUUCUUUUUUGGAAGAUUAGGUUCCAUAAUAUCUUUUGCAUCCGUGGGCACUUUACUGGAAAAUCUGGGGCUGCAGAAUACCUUGUGGAUUUUGUGGGGCAUCGACCAAGUAGGCACUCUCUGCUAUAUUCUGGCAGGAUGGGUGUACAAGUCGCACACCAGCACCCGCUUGGAUGAGAAAGUGAUCCACGAUACCGCAGCGUCCGUGCAGUUUAACGUGUCCACACUGGGGCAUCUCGGUACCAGCUGCUGGCUGAUGUGCACGGUCAUUUUUUUCUACUAUGGAGCGUUUAAUUCGGUUUUAGCUGAUGGUACAAAGUUUUUUAUCGAAAUGUACGAUUACUCGGAAGCCAAAGCCGCCGUUGUCGUCGGAAUAAUACCGGACAUCAGUCUGAUAGCACCCCUUAUUGGUUGGCUAAUCGAUAAACACGGAAACCGGGACGUAAUAACCAGCCUGGGGUCACUGCUUCUUCUCGUGGGCUUAUUAAUAAUUGCUCCCAUCCCGGCUGAUGCGGCGAUGAUUGUGGGUCUGAGUUUUCUGGCUGUAUCGUUUUCCAUGGAUAUCGCGUGUUUCUGGAGCAACAUACCGGUGCUGAUAACUGUUCCCGCCUUAGCCGGUGUAGCUAUUGGUGUGGCGAUCGCCAGUGAACUGCUGGCCAGUGGGCUGCUGUUGCUCAUCAGUGGAUUUAUUCUGGACAACACAUCAAACACUACAGAUAUACGAUGGAUGAAUUUCUUCGUAUUGAUAACAUUAUUCGCUGGCAUCGCUUUGGUGUUUACGGUGAUAUUGUUGUGGCACGAUUGGAGAAAAGGAGGGUGGAAGCUGCGUCGGGCAGCUGGCGGAGGUGUAGACUCAAUUCCCGCCAUUAUGACGGCGGAGGGAGCUCCGGUGCCGUUACCAGACGAAGGGAAACAGCAAUACUGACGAGCCACAAGAUUUCGCGUUAUGACUCCAUCGGUUCAAAAUAAGCUUAUUACAUUUUUACUCCAAGAUGUCAUGAAUAUCUUACAUAAAUAAGAUAGAACGAUUCUAUUUUGUUCAGGAUUAACGAAAAUGAUGUGAACUAUGA